UAGAGAUUAUAGUGUUGGAGCAGGGCUAGGGAGACCAAGACCCUGGCUGCUCAUGAGGCUCCCAGGACAGCUUUGGGCCAAGUAUUCUGUCUUUCAGCCUAGGCUACCUCGCAGGGUGGUUGUGAGAAUAAUUUGGGUCUUGGCUUGAGCUGACUUAGAAGCCAGCUCCUGUGAGGAAUGGUUGAUAGAGCUGGGUGUGUUUAGUCUGGAGACGAGAAGGAAGAAGGAAGCAGAUUCAGGCUAGACCCUAGGAAGAAUUUCCUAACUUUAAGAGUUGUUGGACAGUGGAACAGCCUGCCUCAUGCUGUGUGGUGGGUGUGGGGGUGCCUCUCCUUUGCUGGGGGUUCCCAGUGAGAGGCUGAAAUGCCAGGGAUGCUGUGUCUACAGGAAUCUACAGCUGGGCAGGGGGUUGGUCUAGAAGACCUCAAAGGUGCCCUUCCUUCCACCGCUUAGUAGUCUAUACACUGCCCACUCCUUGGCGAAAGAGUGGGAUAUACAUGUAACAAAGGAUGAUAAUUCAACCCUAGAAUGGGUAAAAUCAGAGAAAAUCCAAGAAAAAAAAUCCUCCUAGGAUUUUCUCUGAUGAUUUUACCCUUUCCAGUGUUGAAUUAUUAGUAUUAUUUGUUACAUGUAAAAUUAAAUUCAAAAUUAGUCCUAGGUUAGUUAGGUCCUAAGUUCGUUAGGCAUUUUCGAAUUUCCCGGAACGCAGAGUGUCUCUGCGCAUAUGCAAAGUACAGCGGGGCCAGGUCCUCCUUGCUGUCCCGGAGAGCGGCACUCCCCCGCCCCACGCCUUUCAGACGCGACGGAGCCGUGUUGUGACUCACGUCCACCCGCCUUUCGGGCUGCUGCGCGCCAGAAAACGGACAUCGGGGGCACAUUGCAGAGGCGCCUCGGUCGAAGUAGUACGGUAAAAGCCGGGGAAGGGAAGGGAGGGGCUGGGGAGCGCGCCUCAGCCAAUCGGGCGGAGGCCCCGCCCCGCCCAUGUGCAGAAAUAGCCGCGCGGGCAGAGGCGGCUGCCGGGGAGAAGCCCGUCGGUGGCGAAGUGGCGCGGGCUCUGCCCCGGAGAGCGCGCAGAGCAGCCGGACGGAAGGUGGGCGCCCACAGUGGCCCGGCCAGAAGGCAGGGAGGCCCGGGACCCCGCUGGCUAGUGCGCCUGGUGCUCUCUGGGACAUCCCGCUGCAAUUGCAGCAGCAAGGAUUCCAUCCCUGCUGGUUUGGCUGGACCCAGGAAGGAAGGAAGGAAGGAUGCUGGCAGCCCGGGCUGUGCCCAGGGGCCCCGCGUGAGAGUUGGCCCCUGGGGCCCCCAGCCAGGAGCAGGCACUGGCCAUGGCUGCAGAUGUCUCCCAGCAGCGGGCACCCUCGCCGUCAGCCGGGAGCGUGGGCUGAGCGGCUCUGGGGGCCCUUGUGGCCAUGGGUGCUGCCCUUCUGCUCUCCGCUCUGAGCCUGGCGGGAGCCCCGUCCUGGGCAUGACCCAACCGGCGCCCCGCGGCAUGGAUGCGGGCUACAUCGCCGUGGAGGUGAUGAUCGCCGUGCUGUCCAUCGUGGGCAACGUCCUGGUCUGCUGGGCCGUGGCCAUCAACAGCACCCUGAAGAAUGCCACCAACUACUUCCUGGUCUCACUGGCGGUGGCCGACAUCGCGGUGGGGCUGCUGGCCAUCCCCUUCGCCAUCACCAUCAGCGUCGGCUUGGAGACCAACUUCCACUGCUGCCUCUUCUUGGCCUGCUUCGUCCUGGUCCUCACCCAGAGCUCCAUCUUCAGCUUGCUGGCGGUGGCCGUCGACCGGUACUUGGCCAUCAAGAUCCCGCUUAGAUACAAGAGCAUCGUGACGGGGAAGCGGGCCCGGGGCCUCAUCGGCAUCCUCUGGCUGCUCUCGUUCAGCAUCGGCCUGAUCCCGCUGAUGGGCUGGAACCUCCGGGACGUGGCCACGGGGAGCUGCCCCAAUGCCACCAACGGGACCCGAGGCCCUGGGGAGGGGGGCCGGCCGGCCUGCCUGGUCAAAUGCCUCUUUGAGAACGUGGUGACCAUGAGCUACAUGGUCUACUUCAACUUCUUUGGCUGCGUCCUGCUGCCCCUCCUGGCCAUGCUGGGCAUCUACGUCAAGAUCUUCAUGGUGGCCUGCCGGCAGCUGCGGCAGAUGGAGCUGGUGGGCAACUCCCGGACCACCCUGCAGAAGGAGGUCAACGCUGCCAAGUCGCUGGCCAUCAUCGUGGGCGUCUUUGCCAUCUGCUGGCUGCCCCUCCACAUCCUCAACUGCCUCACCCUCUUCGACAAGGACUUCGGCGAGCAGAAGCCCGAGGAGCUGAUGAACUUCACCAUCAUCCUCUCCCACAUCAACUCGGUCGUCAACCCCAUCAUCUACGCGUACCGGAUCCAGGAUUUCCGGUGCACCUUCCGCAAGAUCCUCUGGCGGUACGUCCUCUGUAAGCCCCAGGACUUCCCGAAGUACCCCAAGGGCAGCCGCGCCAGCAGACACCUCUCCGUCAGUAAUAUCAGCAGCACCCGGGCCUGCAUUUGAGGCCGCCUCCGCCCCCUGACUGAACUGUGCUGUGCUCGUGACCCCUGGAGGAGUCGCAAUGGACCUCUCUGCAUUUUCGUACUGCUGUGUUCCAAGCUGUACUUGUAAACCGGAAGGUCCCCAGUGGUUGGGCUGCAACUCCUGUCAGCCUGUGGCCACUGUGGCUGGGGAUGAUGGGAGUUGUAGUCCAACGGCAGCUAGAAGCCCACGCGUGGGCAGCCCUGAACUGUAUUAUAUAUCUGGGUUGGUUGGUUUUUUAAACAAAAACAUCAGUGCCUCUUGCAGGAAUGCCACAGGUGACGUACUUGCUUCUGAGCUCCUUAAAGAUCAAACUGGAUGUUCCUCCCAAAUUAAAAAAUACAUACUAUAAAAAUCACAUUGAAUUCCUGUCUCCAUGACGGGGGAGCAGGUUUUCCAGCUGUGCUGCUCUUUUUAAAAUGUCUUUAUUUUUUUCAGUGCUCAAAUGUAACUUUGCAGGGAGAAGAGGAGCCAUGUAGACUGUUUUUGGUAAAUGUGUGUGCUGAUUUUGACGUUUUGUACACAGAUAGCUUCCUCCUGCCUCUGUUUUUUUAAUGUGUCAUCAGUUGCUUGAUGCUGCUGGUAUUCUCAAAUGGGAAAUAGUUUUCUAUAGGCCAGUUAUGAUAAUUUUGUAUGGGCUUUCUGGGAGAAGGCAGAGUGAAGAGGAAUUGGUGGAUGUUGGUGAAUUAUUAAAAAAAAAUAGUGCUGUUGAAAGGUUUUUUUAAAUGAUUGUUAAAUUAAAGAGAGAUGCGGAAGGGAAAAAA